GCUUUAUUGGGGACUGUUAACAUCAGAGCUCAGUUAGAUUCAGCAUAUUAUAGAAAUAUACAACAGCAUAAUGAUACCGUUACAAAAAACAGGUACGUUCUAUCAAAAAUAAUCGAUGUACAACCUUAAGCGAACACAGAAAAUGCUUCAAUAUUUAAAGGAACUUCGAAAGAAAUACAAAACGAUCUACUGGAUUGUACUCUUGAAGUUUGUCAUGAAGAAAUAAUAAAACAGAUUAACAGAGCCUCGUAUUUGGCAACAAUAGC